AUGUCAAAUCAAACAAAUUCGGCUCUAGAUUCAGCUUCAGCUGAGAAGCCACUUCAGUCAACGGCAACAGCUUCAAACAGCAAGCGCAAAGCUUCCAGCACAGAGGCAUCGAACCAAGUCGCGCAUUUCACGACUCGCAAUCCGUCCUGGACUUAUCUGAAACUGCAAUUAGUCUACCAACCAGGAACCCCAACCGCGAUUAAAAACCAGCCCCUAGAUGUCCUGACAGCUCGGACAUAUCUUACUUCUGCCUUUUCACAGUUCCUUGGAAUAUCUGGAACAGCUAUAUCUGUCGAUAUUUUGAAGAUUGACUCCCCAGCAUUUACUGCCGCAACGGUCAGCCCAGAUAUGAAUCCGCAGAAAGACGUUUGGAUUCGUGUUCCACGUCAAGAUGCUCGAGCUGUAGUCACAGCCCUUAGCUCGUGGGUUGGAAAUAACAAAUCAGUCCAGAAUGCCGGGAGUGUAGCGUGGCGAGUUUGCGCCAAAGGUAAUUUUCUUGGGGCGCUCGUCGCAGGAUCUGGGGGGAACUUGUUCAUCCCCGCCUAG